AUGAAGUCGAGACCAAUGAAACCAAGGCAAGACCUCCUACAAGUGGAAUGGCAGGAGCCAUCUCCUGAGCACUCGGAAAGUAGUCAAGAGCUCAGCUCUUCAGACGAAGAGGAAAUAGAAGAUUUCCGCCCCUCCGUGAAACCUGCGUCUGGCGAAAACACCAAGAACUUUCGCGGUGGUCGCUUUCCCCGGCAAAAUGAUAUCUUCAUUGCAGUCAUGGGCAUCACUGGCUCGGGAAAGAGCUCUUUUAUCUCCAAAUGUUCCGGAAAAAAUGUCAAGAUCGGGCAUAGCCAAACUUCCUGCACGUCUGUAGUAGACGUGUAUCCUUAUGAGGUCUCGCGAGACUGCACGGUGUAUUUGAUCGACACGCCGGGUUUUGAUGAUUCAGACAAGACAGAUACUCAGGUCCUUCAGGAGAUUGCCGCCUGGCUGUCAGACUCCUAUAAACAUAGGAUUCUUCUCCAUGGAAUUAUUUACCUCCAUCGAAUAUCCGACACUCGAAUGCAAGGUUCUGCAAAACGCAACUUGAUGACUUUCAAUCAGCUAUGCGGCAAAGAUGCACUACGGAAAGUGAUUUUAGUCAGCACUAUGUGGGAUAUCACCCCCUCAGAAGAUGCCGUUAGAAGAGAGGCAGAACUAAAAGAGACUUCCGCAUUCUGGGGCUGGAUGCUAGAACAAGGUAGCUCUUGUCACCAAUACAAGAAUACAGCAGAUUCAGCAAGGCAAAUUGUGUUAUCGCUCACAAACGAGAAGGCCGAGAUCCUCACAGACAUCCAAGAACAACUGGUGGACAAGGGACUAACCCUAGACGAGACGACAGCUGGUCAGAGCCUUAAUACUGCUUUGAGAAGAGAAUUGCGCAAGCUGGCCAAGGAAAGAAAGGCUCUAGAGGAGGAUAUGAGAGCUGCCGGAGAGAAGCAAGACAAGAAGACACAGGAGGCGCUUCAACAGGAACGUGAUAGGUACACAGUACUGAUACAACAAGCAGAAGAUAACACACACGCCUUGAAAGUAACGAUGGAGAACCUCAUCGCGAAAAGAGACGAGAGAGUUGCAGAAAUGAAAAGAGAAAUUGAAAAGCUCAAGCGAGAGAAAGAAGAGAGCAUUCGAAGUGUGAAGGCAAAGCUCGAGAGAGAGAAGCUGAAGGCGAAGAACGAAGAACAGUCAAGACAGAAAAGGGCGGGCACAGGAGUAGAAGACCCCCAGAAAGGUAAACGCGUCACAUAUGGGCAGAGCUAUCAGAAUGGGGAGGUAAAGAGCCCGUUUGCCAAACCUCCGUUCUUGAUAUCUUUCAGCAACUCAUUCUACAUUCUCAAGAGCCCUAAGAAGUGGACCAGCAAUAUUGCAAAGCUCAAUGAUGUCCAGCCUAAGAAGCCGAUAGAGUUUGGAUGUAUGAUUGCAGCCGCCGGCAAAGCGUCAGCACGGAUAGUCCGUUACGUGAAUGGCGCAUGGGUGCUAUCCAAAAGCUUUGCUCAAGCCUACCCUGGUUUUAACGACAAUUUGAAAGAGCUUGGCCUGGAGAAUCUCGACAUUUGCGCGCUUGGCCCCGAACAACAGUAUUAUGCCCGAUGGCUUGACGGUACCUGGUUCUGCGGCAAUGUCUCAACCGUUCUUGUACAAACUAUUAAAAGCCUCACACAGAGAGGGUUCAAAAUCCUGACGAUUUCCUUGGGAUAUGAUGACUCUUUCUUCAUCACCUACGAGCUCGAUCCGGAACACAUGGGCUACUUGUAUGAUCUACGACGGUAUUACCGAAGUUUGGAACGGUUUCUAGAGAAAGGCAAGAAGAAAGUUGGCAUACAGGCGAUUACCCUUGAUCCCUAUAGCCAGAUCGAUUAUAUGGUUAUUUUUACGGAGAAUGAUGAAGGUGAUGGUGACCCGAAGUACAAGUUCCAUUGCUCCAAUGAUAAGACGAGAGAGGCAGCUACCGGUGUUAGAUGA